CGCGCCCGGCCUGCGCCAUGAGCAUGCUCCGGCUGCAGAAGAGGCUCGCCUCCAGCGUUCUGCGCUGCGGGAAGAAGAAGGUUUGGCUGGACCCCAAUGAGACCAACGAGAUCGCCAAUGCCAACUCCCGUCAGCAGAUCCGCAAGCUGAUCAAAGAUGGCCUGAUCAUCCGCAAGCCCGUGACCGUCCACUCCCGGGCCCGCUGCCGCAAGAACACCUUGGCCCGCCGGAAGGGCCGGCACAUGGGCAUCGGUAAGAGAAAGGGUACUGCCAAUGCCCGCAUGCCUGAAAAGGUGACCUGGAUGCGGAGGAUGAGGAUUCUGCGCCGCCUGCUCCGCAGAUACCGGGAGUCCAAGAAGAUUGACCGCCACAUGUACCACAGCCUGUACCUCAAAGUCAAGGGCAACGUGUUCAAGAACAAGCGUAUCCUCAUGGAGCACAUCCACAAGCUGAAGGCCGACAAAGCCCGCAAGAAGCUCCUGGCUGACCAGGCCGAGGCCCGGAGGUCCAAGACCAAAGAGGCCCGCAAGCGGCGUGAAGAGCGCCUCCAAGCCAAGAAAGAAGAGAUCAUCAAGACUCUGUCCAAGGAGGAGGAGGCCAAGAAGUAACCGCCCUCUGGUCACUCCUGUACAUAGUGCUGUCCAUAAAGGCGACCUGAGGUCAAUAAAAGAAAUAUCUCGCCCAG